UGAACGGCUGAGGCGAGGAGAGCGUUACGCAAAGAAAUCUCCUAACACUUCAUUCAGCAACUUCAGAAAGCAGCGAGCGGCUGUCGCAUCCGUGUGCUUUGAACUAGGCGCCUUCCCCCUAACAACACGGACUAACAACAUACUUCAUGUUUAAGAAAGCAACACAAUACACAUCAGAAAGCUAGAGGCUAGUUUGUUGCAGGCAAAAAGAAUGAAGAGGUUUUGUGUGACUUCAAGAGCAUCACCACUCCAAACUGUGGAUCUGACACAGAUGUCCAAGUUAUUAAUAUCCAUGUCUUCAGUGGCAUAUUAACUGUGCGGACUGAGAAAAGGAACAGUUUGUGAAGAUUUUUUUUCCUUUCUAACUUGCAUCAGAGAUGAAUAAUCUGCAAACAUGCCACGAUUGUAAAUCGCUGUGAUUUGGAAACACCAGUGGCGUUAUUUUAUACUUGGGAUUGCAUCGCAGUUUGUUACUUCAAGGAAGAGGAAUUACUUCAUUUUAUAUCGUUGUGUUGUAAUUUUCUCUACAUUAAAACUGAGCCCUAGACUUUGCCAACAAAUAAUAUGGAUGGCUGUCAGUAACUGGAUUUUAUGUUCCUCUUAAUCUUAAUGUAUUUGCAUGGUAACAUAUUUAUUUAUUUAUUCAUUUACUUCUGCCCUGGCAGCUCUUCAGUUCCUGAUGUUGUUACGUGCUGGGGAUUGCAAUUAAAUUGGCACGGUUUGCCCAUUGGAAUUCAAGCUUGCCAACUCAAAAGGAUAAAGGCUGUGAGAAAAUGGAUUUAGUGUCAGGAACUGUCUUCACAGUUACUCUGUUCACUUGCAUCAUCUUCCACGCUGCAGCUCAGGAAAAAGACUACACGGUACGAGAGGAGCAACCAGAAGGCUAUUUCAUUGGCAACUUGCUAAAGGACUUAGACAUAGCACUGGACCCAGAUGUCAAGCUGUCAUCCCCGCUUCGCUUUAAGUUGGUUUAUAAAACUGGUGACAUUCCCCUCGUACGGGUGGAAGGAAACACAGGGGAUAUUUUUACCUCUGAUCGUAUUGACCGUGAGAAGCUGUGUUCAGGGGUCUAUAAUGAGAACCGCUGCUUCUAUGAGGUGGAAGUAGCUGUCCUGCCAGAUGAAGUGUUUCGGCUGGUGAAGAUCCGCUUUCUUAUCGAGGACAUUAAUGACAAUGCCCCACUGUUCCAGUCUACUGUUAUUAACAUUUCCAUCCCUGAAAACACUGCCAUCAACUCCCGCUAUCCAAUUCCUUCUGCUGUGGAUCCUGAUGUGGGAAGUAAUGGAAUAAAACACUAUGAAUUAGUGAAGAGUGUAAGCGAAUUUGGGCUGGACAUUAUUGAAACCCCAGAAGGAGAUAAGUGGCCACAGCUUAUUGUCCAGCAAAACCUUGACAGAGAGCAGAAGGACACCUUUGUAAUGAAGAUCAAAGUGGAAGAUGGCGGAAAUCCUCCUAAGUCUAGUACUGCAAUUUUGCAGGUAACCAUCUCUGAUGUGAAUGACAAUCGGCCUAAGUUCAAGGAGAGUGAAGUUGAGGUAAAUAUUCCUGAAAAUGCACCUGUUGGGACUUCAGUUACCCAGCUUCACGCUACUGAUUCUGACUUGGGAAUAAAUGCACAAAUCUUUUUUUCAUUUAGCAACCAAAUCUCCAAUGCAGCAAAAAAGCUUUUUGCAAUUGACAAUGCCACUGGUCUUAUAACAGUUAAAGAACCACUUGACAGGGAAGUAACCCCAGUCCAUAAGCUGAUAGUUUUGGCCAGCGAUGGUAGCUCUACCCCUUCAAGAGCUACAGUGACUGUCAAUGUUACUGACAUCAAUGAUAAUGUUCCUUCUAUAGAAACAAAAUAUAUUAUCAACCUUAUCAAUGGGACUGUUCUGUUAUCAGAAAAAGCUCCACUUAACACCAAAAUUGCACUGAUCACAGUGACGGACAAGGAUGCUGAUUUGAAUGGAAAAGUUACUUGCUACACUGAUCAUGAUGUUCCUUUCAGCCUGAGGCCUGUUUUUGAAAACCAAUUUUUGCUAGAGACAGCAGCUCCUCUAGAUUAUGAAGCCACUCGGGAAUAUGCUAUAAAAAUUGUUGCUUCUGAUUCAGGCAAACCUCCACUGAAUACUUCUGCUAUGGUGCUCAUAAAAAUCAAGGACGAAAAUGACAAUGCGCCUACAUUUACACAGCCUGUUAUUGGACUUUCUAUCCCAGAAAACAAUGCUCCAGGCACGCAGUUGACAAAAAUCAGUGCAACAGAUGCAGACAGUGGCCGCAAUGCUGAAAUUAGUUAUUCUUUGGGUCAUGAUGCUCCAUCGGUCUUCAAUUUGGAUCGCCGGACAGGCAUCCUAUCUGUUGUGCGCCGAUUAGACAGAGAGAAGCAAGACAAAUAUACAUUCACAGUUGUCGCAAAGGAUAAUGGAAUACCUCCUUUGCAAAACAAUGUCACUGUGAUGGUAAUGGUCCAAGAUCAAAAUGAUAAUAGCCCAGCUUUUACUCACAAUGAAUACAAUUUCUAUGUUCCUGAAAACCUCCCGUUGUAUGGCACCGUGGGGUUGAUCACAGUGACUGAUGCCGAUGCUGGUGAUAAUGCAGUUGUUACCCUUUCCAUACUGAAUGGCAAAGAAAAUUUCAUAAUCGAUCCUAAAACUGGAGUCAUUAAACCCAAUAUCACUUUUGACAGAGAACAGCAGAGCUCGUACACAUUUGUAGUUAAAGCUGUCGAUGGGGGUCGACCUCAACGUUCCUCACUUGCCAAAGUCACCAUCAAUGUUGUGGAUGUGAAUGAUAACAGACCUGUCUUUGUUAUUCCUUCAUCGAAUUUCUCCUACAAUUUAGUCCAAUCUACUACCAGCCCUGGUUCUGUGGUGACCAGAGUAUUUGCAAUAGACAAUGAUACAGGCAUGAAUGCCGAACUGCAUUACAGUAUCACAGGCGGUGUUUCCCGGGGAUUAUUUGCCAUUGACAAAAUCACUGGCAACAUUACGUUGCAGGAAAAAAUCCAAGCUGGAGAUCAGGGCUUACACAGGUUAGUGGUCAGAGUCAAAGACUUGGGACAGCCAGAGUCACUUUAUGCCAUAGCAUUGGUUCAUCUCUACAUCAACGAAUCAGUGGCAAAUGCUACCUACAUCCAGGAGCUUGUACGCAAAAGCAUGGAGACACCAUUGGACCGGAAUGUAGUUGAUGGCGUUGUGACUCCUCAAGCAAAUGGCUAUGUAAUUGUGGUCAUUGCCAUCAUUGCUGGUACAAUGACUGUCAUUUUGGUCAUUUUUGUUACCGCCUUAGUGCGCUGCAGGCAAGCACCCAGGCAUAAAGUUGUACAAAAGGGAAAACAGAGUGGUGAAUGGGUGUCACCUAACCAGGAGAACAGGCAGAUCAAGAAAAAGAAGAAGAAGAAGAAGAGGUCACCUAAAAGCCUUCUCUUAAACUUUGUUACAAUUGAAGAGUCAAAGCCGGACGAUCCAGCACAUGAACAUAUCAAUGGCACCUUGGAUCUCCCAGUGGAGCUGGAAGAGCAGACUAUGGGAAAGUACAACUGGGCCACAACACCAUCAACUUUUAAACCAGACAGCCCUGACUUGGCCAAGCACUACAAAUCAGCCUCUCCUCAACCAACAUUCCAGAUCAAACCUGAAACCCCUGUACCUCCCAAGAAGCACCAUGUCAUCCAAGAGCUGCCAUUGGAUAACACCUUUGUGGUGGGAUGUGACUCGCUGUCCAAAUGUUCUUCCAGCAGCUCAGAUCCCUAUAGCGUCUCAGAGUGCAGCUGCCAAGGGGGCUUCAAGACCACAGGGCCCAUCCAUACAAGACAGUCACAGCGACGAGUCACCUUUCACCUUCCUGAUGGCUCUCAGGAGAGCUGCAGUGACAGUGGACUAGGUGACCAUGAACCCAACAGCAGUACCAGCACCACCCACCCUCUACCACUUGGCUUCCCACAAGAGGAGUACUUUGAACAGACUUCGCCCAACAGUCGCACUGAGGGUGACGGCAACUCAGACCCUGAAUCCACUAUAGAAGUGAAUCUGCAAAAAGCAUUAGCUGAAGCAUCUGAGACCUGCACUCAAGAAUGCCUCAUUCUUGGUCAUUCUGAUAGCUGUUGGAUGCCCCCUUCUUUGACCCAGUACCAGCAAUCUACAAAUCCUGCAGUACCUACUUUUGGAUUUCAACAGAAUUGGGCUCGAGGAGCCAAGCCUGAUGGUCGCCAUACACUGGGUAGGUCUGUGCCAAAAGAUGAAAUCGAUAAAGGUCAAGGCAACAACAGGCCCCAGUUCUACAACACUUUGGAGAGACAUUCUAGUUUAAAGGAAGAUCCAGUGAAGGUCAUACCUCUGGCAAAUUUCACUCCUUCAACUCAGCAGGCUCCAGCAUCUGGUGGAACUGCUAGUUUUGUCCAUGAGCAUCAGUUGUAAGAAUAAGCUAGAACGUUUGCACAGCACCUUCUUCAUUGGAUAUCCUAAAUGCCUGUAGAAACUGCUUUCUGUCCCCCACAUACUACCACUGGCGGAGCAGCCUAGCCAACAUCUAUGUACUGUAAAUAUGACACUGCAGUUAAAAAGAAGCUUCUGUAUAAUGUUUUAUUUCUCAUUGUAUAUGUGUAAGUCUGGUGUCUCUUUCUAAAUAAGCAAGUAGUUCUAAGCCAAAGUGUAUCUUAAUUUAUAUAAAGGAUUAUUUUACUUUAAUCCUUAAAAAACUGGCUAUGUACAAUAAUUGCAAAUUAAUGCUAAGGUUGUAGGCAUGUGCACCAAAUCUUAAGUGUUAUAUGUAACUCAAUGCAAUGCUUCAGAUAUUUACUAGACAUACGUGGCUUCAAUAAUUUAAAAAGUGCACAAAAGUCUAAGUGUACCUCCUCAUCCCUACCGUGGUGUCAGCAAGCAAAAGCAAUUAAUAUCUGUGGUGAUUUCACCAGAACGUUAUUUAUAUUAAUCAUGACCAUAAAUUUGGCUUAAGCAUUUCCUAGACAUUUUUUGAUUUAAGAAAUUUUAAACAUUUUGAAUAUUAACAGUAACCACUGGUAUUACUAGUAAUGACUCUGCUUGUCAUUAGCAUGAAAUCUUUUUUUCCCAACAAACCAGUUUCAUAAUAGCAACAUGAGAACUAAUUGGCUGAACAAACUUUUCAGGACAAGCACCAAGAUUUUGCAAAUCAAUUGUAAUGUAAACAUUAAUGCCUGUCAAAUGAGCAGUAAUAUCUUAAACUAUCUCUUGUAGAAAAGUCUUUUAACACAUUUCCAUGAAAUAUUUCUUUUAUUUGUGUGUUUUUUAAGAACAUGAUAAAAAGUACAUCAUGAAGAAGCAAUUAUGGAAGUCCCUCUUUUGCAUAAUUACCAAGUUGCAUUAUCAGUAACAAAACCAUAGCCUAAUAAGAGUUUUUUUUCUAUGCGUAUAAUAUACAUGUGACCACAGGAUGGGGGGAAAAAUCAAAACCUUGUUUAAAAUAAUUUUGAAGUAUUGAUAUAUUUGAUGUUUUUUUAAAUUCAAGUCUAGCCUUUGAAGCUGCUAGUUAGUAGGACAGCAAAAGACAGAAGCUAAGUCUCAAAAAGUAUUUUUCUGAAAUGAAUGUGUUCUUCCUAUAUUCAGUAAUUUAGAAAGUGUACAAAACCAAAGCUUCAUAAAAAACCAAAAGACAGACAAAUAAAGAUAAAACAAAUAAAAAUAUAGUGUGUUUAACUGCAGCAGAUCAACUUGAUACCUGUAAACUGUCAGGCUACAUGUGGCAUCUUAUUGAUUAGAAAUAAUGUUCUGAAUAUGGUGCAAGUAAAUUACUUCAUGGUUAUAAAACAACAGUAUCAUAUAUCCUCUCAGAAUAGGGGUAUCAGGUGAGCAAGACACCUUUACAGCAAUGUUGUGUUUACUUCAUUGAUAUUAAACUAGAGCACAGCACGUCAUUAAGCAUGGUUCAUUAUAAUAAAAUAAAAAAUAUUUGUUUGUAAAUGAACUUUGUGAUCAACAGUUUUUUUUUUCUGGCUGAAUACACAAGGUUUCAUCCUGUAAGGAACAGGAAGGUGUAAAAUAAAUAUAAACAGAGGAACUUUGUGCAAACAUGUAUAAAUGUGAAUAAAAAGUUUAGAUGGGCUGCUUGCUUAGUUGC